AAGCGGAGCUGUUUUUUUUUCAUUCUCCUCCCUCGUUUAGCCGAGCCGAAUCCCCCCACUCAUUAUAUACCCCUUGACGGAGCCUCCCUCCGAAAUCCGCCUCUCUUGUCAUCAUCGGCCUGCCGCCUGCCCGCCUGCUCCUCCUGCCCCAUUAACGCCGCCGGCUGCCGUGCCGCCGCGUCCUGCUCCCCGCCACCGCGUUCCUCGCCCGAAGCACCGCCGCGGCCUCGCGCCACCGCCCAGAAACCAUCUCCGGGCCUCGUUCGACCGAAGCGCCUUGUGUCAUAUCUCCGCGACCUAGCCGCCGCCCGCCGCCGACGCUGCCGUCGUCGUCAUCCUCGCUGGCGGUGCUGUACCUGCGUGCAGCGCAGAUCCAUCCGAGCUCGGAUUGAUUUCUUCCUUUGCUGGACCUGCCAGCUUGCCGAAUCCCAUGUUUUGCAAGUUUUUUUAGAACUCGAACAGUAUUCUAUUUUCUUCCCGAGGCAAUUUCGAGCUGGCAAUAAUAGUUCUAACCUUGAACAAGGAGCCAAGUCUUGGAGUCAAUAUUUUAUGCUGCCAUGCACAUUUCAUAUAAGGUAGUGGUUCCAUUUCCUUGCUGACAUAAGUUUCCUUAUCUCUGAUAGCUAGAUUAUUGGAUAACUUGUCGAUGGCACAAAAAGUAGCACGCGGAUAACCAUAACAAAGGGGACAGAAACAAAGCACAAAAGUUGUAGGCCCCAGUACAAAAGGGAUAGAAUCAAUGACUGCUGCUGACGCACACUACACUACUAGGUACUAAAAUAUUAGAAUCAUCACUGCUGACUCGGUCUACUAGGAAAGACGAUGGAUUCUUGGGUAAAAGCGCAACCAGCAUAGACUCUCAUGGACAUUUGCCUAUUAACACGUUUUGGAGAUUUACCUAACAUCUGCUUCAGUUGUCACACUUGUUCAAUGUAUUCGGACAGACUCUCUAGGACCGGGAUGGUGUGGUGUGCGCCUAAAAGCUGCUUACUACGUGGACCCCUCUAUUUAGUUCGAUCGUUAUUGCCUAUUGUCUCUACUAGCUUCGUCUCUGCCUCAUAAAUCAGCAUAUAUUAAAAAGUAGAAAUGUGGUUGGUGAUUCGCUUCGUUGCUUCCAGUCUUCUUGAGCUCUGCUCUGGCAUGUUGCUUUAUCAAUUGUAUGUAUUCCUACUGACGUCCUUUGCUUUCUCCGUCUUUUGCAGUACUGUCAUAACCGAACUAAAACAGUUUCUGAGAGGAAGCAUCGCGAUUGCCAUGGAAGCUGGGAGAAUGGAUCAGCCAUUUAUGGCUGCUAUCAAUAGCCAGCCUUUCGUGGAGGAUAUUGAGCCAGUGAAGAAAGCCAGUGGGGACAUGCCUGCGACAACAGGAAGCGGAUGCUUCGAAUGCAACAUCUGCCUUGAUUUUGCAUCAGAACCAGUGGUUACUUUCUGUGGUCAUCUCUACUGCUGGCCUUGUAUCUACGAGUGGCUGCGCCCUGGGGUGGAGUCAGCUGCCAGCGACAACAGCAGUUCGGCAAGGCGGCAAUGUCCUGUAUGCAAGGCAACACUCUCAACGGACACCCUUGUGCCACUAUACGGCCGUGGAGGCAACUCAAAGAAGUCACUUGAUGGCAUGGCCAUCCCGCGCCGCCCCAUGGUACACCGGGAGACUGUUGAGGAGCAACAGAAUGCACAGAGCAAUGUCAAUGACCAGCACUACCACCAGAGCAUGGAAGACAACUCUCAGCGCCAGCCAUUGCUGCAAGCGCACCACCAUCCCAUUCCCACUGGGUUUGACUUCAUCUACCCUCCAGCACCAGUAGGGCGUGGCUUGAUCCACUCAACUGCCGGAGGGGUGCUCGGAGGGAUGGCAGAGAUUGUGCUUCCCUUGGCGCUCCGUGGCCAGAUGCCAGCGAGCUUGUACUACACGAAUCCAUACCAUGCUGCGACGCAGAACGUGAACCCCAGGCUGAGGCGGCAUCAGAUGGAAAUCGAGAGGUCCCUGCACCAGAUCUGGUUCUUCCUCUGUGUGUUUGUGGUGCUGUGCCUGCUCUUGUUCUGAGACAAGACUAUUCUAUACACCUCUUUGUAGAUAUUGAAAGUGGGAGGGGGAUACUAAUGGAUGAUGCGUAUAGUAAACAGGGUAAUGGUCUGUGUCGACAGGCAUGUGCUUAAGCAUGCUGAUGUAGAGUUGUAAUAUGAUGAGACACGGAGGUGAAAUGCAUAUUUCAUUCUUCUCUAUCACUGUCGGCCUGUUAGGUUGCCUACCUGACAUCUUCAUGUUAGGUUUAGCAUCAUCUGUUGUGUAUUGGUUGGUGUCACUGCCAAGGGCCUUUUGAUUUGUAUAUAAAUAGAAAAUGAUGGUUUGUCUACCAAUUUCUGCUC